AGUAAUAGUGAGGAUUGAACGGCGUGUCGCAUUUGAUGUGGUGUUGAAGUUUGUGAUUUUGUAAAGAUCCUGGCACUAACAAACAGGCAGGUGACUGAGUCUUCGUGGUGGUUUGUAAUGUAUGAAUGGAUAGUUGAUGGACUGUCGUCGCUGUUUGUUCCGUUUUCCGUGUUUUCUGGAGGGAAUUCACAGAGCUGGCCUACGGACGGUAACCCGCCGCCGACACCACCACGAGACCCGGUCACUUCUGAGACACAACAACAUUACCGACCUCCUAAGCGAAACUAUCAAAGCGUCCACUCUCCUGAUGGUGUAUCAGAGCAUGUGGAAAGCAAACGACCAAGACGAGAUGUGAUCGUCCAAGUUGUCAAGAAGACUUUCGCAGGGUUUGCAAGGCUGCUUCGAUUGCGACAGCACAAGCCAUGUCAUUAUGAAAAGGACAGGGAUUGUAGAAAUGCACAGAUCGGGCAUGUCUCUGUAGUGGGAAUCGAUGAAAUUCGAAGCAACGGCAUAAAUAAGUGGACGGUUGAUGAGGAUGUUAAAAUGGCUAAACAGAGAGAAAUCGGGCUGAGUGGUAAAGAGAGGAGCGUGCCAAACUUCUGCUUAGGUGCCCAGCCCUUGAUCAGGAAACCUGAAAACAGUUCAGUGUUAUUUAUGGGCAACCAGGACAAACAGAGGGAGCGUCUGCACAGAACGUCACUGCAACUGUUGCCGUCGCGCCCUGUCCUCCCUGAGACAGACCCCUCCAGCCGUGCGCACAAACCAUGCCUCACUGUGGAGGAGGCCCUGAAAGAAAGCGGCCGUGAGCACUACAGAAAGUUGGUUGAGAUGGUUUCUGAGACGUACUCAAAGAACAAACCGCUGCCGUUCGGACGAGUGAAACCACUAAACACGAGUUUUCCCCAUGGCCGUGCUACUCCCGAGAUCAGCAAACCUACACUAAUCAAAGUGAAUCCUCAUGUACCAACGUGGAGGAGUUCCACUUUGAUUAACCACGUAAAGGACGGUGCACCAGUUAGUGAUGUUGAGAGGAAGAAACAAGAACAAACGUUAAAUAAAAGCAGGCCACUAGAUGUAGAUCUGUCUGUCGAAGUAGAAACCCGGCUGAACCUCAAGGACAGAGAGACCACUGCAGUGUCCCAGCCAGGGUUUCAGCCCCGCACGGAACCAGUCCUUGACACAGGGAAACACUUGGAAGAGGAGUUCCCUAGACUGACCAAGGAAAUGCAGCAGGAGGUGAGCGCUGCUCUCGCACAGAGAGAUCCAGAUCUAAUCCUGAGCAGCGGUUUUAAAUUGCGCAUCGCUCAGAGAGACCUGGCAACCCUGCAGGAAGGAACCUGGCUCAAUGAUGAGGUGAUCAAUUUCUACCUUAACCUGGUGAUGGCGCGGGCGGAGCAGGAAACGGGCGGGAGAAAGGUGUACUGCUUCAGCACCUUCUUCUUCCCUAAGCUCCACGGGGGCGGCCACACCGCCGUGCGCCGCUGGACCAAGGCUGUCGACCUCUUCCUGUAUGACAUCAUCCUCAUUCCCCUGCACCUGGGGGUCCACUGGUCUCUCGCCGUUGUUGACUUCCAGGCGAAGUCUGUGAGGUCGUACGACUCCAUGGGUCAGAGGCAUGACGACAUCUGUAACCAGAUACUGAUGUACCUGAAGGAAGAGUACGAGGCCAAGAAGGGCAAAGACUUUGAAAUCUUAAAGUGGACCGUGACCAGCUUGCGAGCCACUGAGGUUCCUCAACAGAAGAAUGGAAGCGAUUGUGGUGUGUUUGUUUGCAAGUAUGCUGACUACAUCGCACGUGGACGCCACCUUACUUUUAGACAGUGUCACAUGCCGUAUUUCCGUAAAGUGAUGAUCUGGGAGAUUCUCAAUCAGAAGCUGCUGCAGCAAUAAAAAGGUUAAAAAAAUAAAAUGAAAUAAACCGGACUUGAGCUGACCAAAGCAUCGGACCACACAACGUUCAUCCUCCACAUUUUUCUACAGUCGGCUGGCUACUUGACUGGUCCUGUCCUACUUUAAUCCACGUCCAGUUUGUUUAUGCCGGAGGUGGUGGUUAAAUCGCAGAUGCGUGCGUGUGUGUGUGGGUGGACUCAAAGGCGAGGAGAUUUGUGCUAGACCGUGACCCAUUUAAUCAGUAUAUUGAGUUUUUUUUUUUUUUUUUUUUUAAAGUGCUUUGUUAAUGAAGCAUGUGUGUCAUUCCUACACGACUUAUCACCCCUAGGGGGCUGUGUGUGUGUGUGAAGCUCUUGUGCUCUCUCUCUUGACUUUGAGAUGUGAUUUAAAAGAGUAUUAGGAUGUACACUAAUGAAAAGAAAGCGCAGGACAGUCAUUCGCUUCCUGGUGGCUAGAAUCUGUUGUAGUGUUUAAAAAAAAAAAAGCAAACAAAAAAAAAUACUGAAGUUUGAACCUGGCUAAAAAGAAUGUGUGUUUGUGUAAGUUUUAACGCAACUGGAUAUGAAAUGUUUUGUCUUUCAUAGCAAUCACAGGCUUUGACGGAAGUGAAUGCAUGUCAGACUUUACAGUACCUGAGCUGCGGAUUGCAGUGAAAGCAGCAGUAUUUAUUGAGUCCUAGAGUGCCUUGAUGAUUAUGAUGACGGUUUAUGGUCUGUAGAUUUUUCUCACUCUACAGGAUUCAAAUAGAUUUUUUAAAAUACACUACUUGUGUGCUACUGGAAGGGUGUGUGUAUGUGUGUGUUUUCCUGAAAUGAGACAUAUAUGAGGUAUGUACAGUAAGAAAUGAGUGGUGAUGAAGCACAUACCCGUUUUGAUAUAUUACAUCUGGAUUUUAUGCUAUAUUUAUAAUGCAAGUAUUGUUUAUUUUCUUUUCUUUUUUUUUCAAACUGAAAGUGCAAUGAAUGCCAAACUACAGACAAGAUUUAUUAUUGUUUAGUUCUUCUUCUUCUAGUGCAUGCUCAAGCAAAGCCCUUUAAAAAGGAGUAACAAGUAGCAUUAUUAAUCUCUGGCCUAUCUAUUGUGUUACUGCAUUAUGAAAAACAGCAUUUCUUUUUCUCUCUUCAUUCUGGCUUUCAAAAAACUGUGACAGUAGGUAGAUCUGCGAUGCUAAAUCGCCUCUUGGGCAAAUGUAGGAGACAUUUUCGCAACCUUCCUCAUACCUGUGCAACAUUCCCAGCUUUAAUGCAGAGAUUUCAGAUUUUAUGGGGAAAAAAAUCUUUUUCUUGCUCCUUUAUUUUUCUAAUGCAAAACUUUAUUUAUGACCUGACAGUUUUAUUAUUUGUUUAAAAUAGAAAAUUAGUGUUAUAUUACCUGUUUGUGAUGUGUUAGAUUAAAGUGUGUGUUGAGGGACUUACAAGAUGAACUGAGAUGUCAAGGCCUACUGUAUAUGCGAUGUUUUUUUCUGUUUGUUUUUGUCGUCCAUGCAGAAUGUUGGUAAUUAUUUUUAUAAAGAAUAAAGUACUGGAGAAAAAACA